AGCCGACUGCGCUGGGGGCGGUUGAUCUCGGAGUCUUGCCUCAGCCUGGGAGGGUGAAGUUUGAACACAGGCUGCGGGCUCCGAAAGCUCGGGAGAAGGCAGCCAACAGCUGCUUUGGAGGGGCGGCUCGAGUUUUUUUUUUUUGCCUUUCGAAGAUUGUUCCGAGACGGUCUUUCGGUUUGGUUCAGGAUUGCUUUGGGAACAAGCACACGCGAGUGCGUGUGUGUAAGACACUUCUUAGAUUUAUGUUAUGCUUAUGGUUUGCUUAAGCGUUAACUCCUUCUGCCCCCUCGGAAGCCCGGUGCCCUCUCAUUGUCUGCCGGGACUUAAGGUCGGACCGGCCACCCCGCUUUGAUUACUUCCUGGUAGGGCCCUGGUGCCGACGCUGGUCUUUGUUUAUGAGCUUUAAGAUCACUGGCAGCUUGGGCUGUAGUGUAAAAUGUGACUAGUGUACAAGAAAUCAAGUUCAUUUGCAAUGCUGGAAGACGGUGGUACGGUCCAGCAGAGUGGUUUCUUCUCCUGGGUUGGCUUGGAGCUGGGAAGGUAGUUUAGAGAGUGCUUUGAUACUUUUGACAGGUUACUUCUUCAAAGGUGAUUAUGUUCUUGAAGCAAAACAUACGGAGUGGCACAAAGAAAGCCCGUCCUCCAGGAUAAGAAAUAGAAGUAACUGCAGUUUUCCGGAGCUCCAAGACUGGUACCUUGCUUACCUUUGUAAAGUCAGGUGUCUUUUUCUGCAUGAAGACUUUAAAAAUUAACCAGUUAAUUGGUUUCACCGAGCAGUAUUGCAAUUCCUUUGGUUUGCGAGACUGGGUCUCUGUUAUUGCCCAGGGUGACCUAGAAUACGUAAUUUUUCUGCCACAGCCCUUGGAGUGCUGGGAUUAUAAACAUGUGCUGCCAUGCUUGGUUAGUAUUGCAGUUCUUUGUGGGAAUGCAGGAACUUGUGUAAAUGGGCCCUUACCUGUAAGUAUGUCUUUAACAGAGAGUCUUGAGCAUGGAACAUCACAAAGGUGUAUCACACAUGGACUGGUGGUCUGUUAGCUAAUUAGCUAUAGCUGUGGGGCUGUAGCAGAAUUUUUCUCAAGAGAGAUUUCACACACACGCACACGCACACAUGACCACUAAGAAAAGCAUACACUUCACAAGGAGUGGGGCACUUCCUCUUGUUCAUCUGUGGUCAGUACAGGGAAUCAGAGGUGGGUGCAUCAGCACAACCUGUAUCUUUCUUUUCUUUUCUUUUUUUCUGUGUAAAAUCACAUCAAACUUAGAAAUGGCUUCAUUGUGCACAUACAUCUAAAAAAAGACAAGAAUUAUGCAAGUUGCAGAUAUCCUGUUGUGAGUCAGUCUUGCCUCGUCAGUCAGGGAGUCCACUUGACUCGGGGAAAGAGAUACAGCAAAUGAAGCUUCUCCCGAGGAAUUCAGCGCAUUAAAAUAGAGCAUAACCGAGAGGUUUGUGCUGACAACCGGAACGAAUUAGUAAUGGUGAUUUCUGUCCCGGGCAGAGGGUAGCAUCUUUACAACGAGCAGCAAAUGGUUGCCUCUGACCCUGCUUUGGAAGGGUGGGUCUAAUCACCUGCAUUUGUAGGACCAAUAAAGCUAGUUUCACAACUCUGUGGGUGUUUUCUUCUGUCCAACCCCGUUUCAUGUGGGCCUCCCAUUUUAACCUUUUGGCAUCCCGUCAUUGGUAUAGUCGAGUGUUACUGUAUUAAGCUUGAUCUUGUUCUUGCCUGCCUGUAGUUUCAAUAAUUAAAUGAUUGGUAAAUCUGUAAUCCCUUAACUAACUCUUCAUCUUGGAGUGCUAUGUAUUCUGAAUUUUUUUUCUUCAACACUCCAGAAUUUGUUUGUUUUUGAUAGGAGAUUAGAAGGAUAGCCAGUGUGUUGAAGUAAUGCUCGGGCUGGUACUGAGUCUGAUUAUACUCUUCCUGGGGAGGGAGAAAAUGCCUGUUUUGGCACUUGGACAGUAAAAGUAAUGCCCCUGUCUUAUUUUCAUUGGGAACUUGCAGUUAUACCCCAGUGAUAAAGCCAAGCAGAUUGCAAAAGACCAAGGGCCCAGACUCUAGCGAGCAGCACCUGCUUGGACCAGCACUUCCAUUUCCUUAUGUCUUCUGGAAAAAGAGCAGUGCUUUGCAUUUGCUUCACAAGUCUCUGUUAGGAGGAGCGCGCUCGCGCACCCUCAUGUAUGUGGAAAGUUUGAGAAACUGAUGUUUUAUGGUGUCUAAUUUAUGGUAUCACUGACUCUAACAUUUUUAUAAAUAGGACUCUGAAAAUGAAAUGUCUAAAGCCCACUAAAUGGAGCCCAGACAGAUUGGCUUUAUGAUGAAUUGUUUUACAAGGAGAUACAGAACUCAGCAAGAUUAGGGGCUGGGUUGAAGAUAGCCUUCCCAGUAGAAAUCUGCUUCCCUGUUUAUCUUUGACCUGCCCUCCAGACUGACUUGGGAAUGUUCUUACUGUCUAAUCCUCAAGAGGAGGCUGCUGUAUUCCUGUAGACUUCAUAGAGCUAGUUGUAAGAUAGUACACCGUGUGCAGGUCCAACAAAAGCCCCUGGGUCUGUUUGACUUGUUCAAGUGUCCACUGUGGAAGGUAUGUGAACGGCCAUGCAAAAAAACAUUAUGAAGAUGCACAGAUCCCCUUACCCAACCAUAAGAGAUCCGAAAAGCAAGAGAAAGCGCAGCAUACAGUGUGUAUGGAUUGCAGUAGCUACAGCACAUACUGUUAUCGUUGUGACGAUUUUGUGGUCAAUGACACCAAGCUGGGCCUGGUGCAGAAAGUGCGAGAACACUUACAGAACUUGGAAAACUCAGCUUUUACAGCUGACAGGCAUAGAAAAAGAAAAUUAUUGGAAAACUCAUCACUGAACAGCAAGUUAUUAAAAGUAAAUGGAAGUACGACUGCCAUCUGUGCCACAGGCCUUCGGAAUUUGGGCAACACGUGUUUCAUGAAUGCUAUCCUUCAGUCGCUCAGUAACAUUGAGCAGUUUUGCUGUUACUUCAAAGAACUGCCUGCAGUGGAGUUGAGGAACGGAAAAACAGCAGGAAGGCGGACAUACCACACCAGGAGCCAAGGGGACAGCAACGUGUCUCUGGUAGAAGAGUUUAGGAAGACACUGUGUGCUUUAUGGCAAGGCAGCCAGACUGCAUUCAGUCCCGAGUCGUUGUUUUACGUUGUCUGGAAGAUCAUGCCUAACUUCAGGGGUUAUCAGCAGCAAGAUGCCCACGAAUUCAUGCGCUACCUUUUGGAUCACCUACACUUGGAACUUCAGGGUGGCUUCAAUGGUGUUUCCAGAUCAGCAAUUCUACAGGAGAAUUCUACUCUGUCUGCAAAUAACAAAUGCUGCAUAAAUGGAGCAUCAACUGUUGUCACAGCAAUAUUUGGAGGAAUUCUCCAGAAUGAGGUCAACUGCCUCAUCUGUGGGACAGAGUCAAGGAAGUUUGAUCCAUUCCUAGAUCUCUCUUUAGAUAUUCCAAGUCAGUUCAGAAGCAAGCGCUCUAAGAACCAGGAAAGCGGGCCAGUUUGCUCAUUACGAGAUUGUCUCCGAAGCUUCACCGACCUGGAGGAACUUGACGAGACAGAGCUGUAUAUGUGCCACAAGUGCAAAAAGAAACAGAAGUCCACCAAAAAGUUUUGGAUUCAGAAACUUCCCAAGGUGCUGUGCUUGCACUUGAAAAGGUUUCACUGGACAGCGUAUUUAAGAAACAAAGUUGACACGUACGUAGAAUUCCCGCUGAGAGGCCUGGACAUGAAGUGCUACCUACUAGAGCCAGAGAACAGUGGCCCAGAGAGUUGCCUGUACGACCUUGCUGCUGUGGUGGUGCACCAUGGCUCUGGGGUCGGUUCUGGACAUUACACAGCAUAUGCAGCUCACGAAGGCCGCUGGUUCCACUUCAACGACAGUACUGUAACAGUGACUGAUGAGGAGACCGUUGGGAAGGCAAAGGCCUACAUUCUGUUCUAUGUGGAGCGUCAGGCCAGAGCUGGAUCAGAUAAACUUUAAUACCUCCUCUGACCACAAUUCAACUAUACCGGACAAACAUUUCCAACUUUCCAUAAAUACUUGAUCCAAGAGUUAAUUUCGUUAUGCACUUUUCAAUUUCCAGUUUGGGGUUUAGUUUGGUUGAUGGUAGUGACUUACUCAGUAUGGGCACCAACUAAUUUUUGUUGUUGUUCCACCAGAAAACCUCGGCAGGCAUUUGGAUUGGCUGCUUUAGUUGUAAUAACUCAGUUUUAUAUGUAGUUUCCAGGACUUAGUUCUGUUUGACUUUUUAUAUUAAUGUUUUCAGUUGUCACCAAGGCACAUGCUGAGAGCCACCCUACCUGCUGCCUUUCAUAGCUACUGGCCAGGUCAGGGACUCCAAUGAGGAUUGUGUGCGCAGGACCUGUGGCCCACUGGUCUCACAGUGACUGCUCAGGAAUUCCUCUGACUGUAGGUGGUAGCUGAAGGUCAGUAGACCAGGCCAUUGCCACUGCCUGUGUCUCUGGGCUUCUGUUUCUCAGCGUUAAAUAAAUCUGUCAGUUCUGUCGCA